GUGGAGUAGUGCUCAGUGACUGGUGGCUGAGGUGAGGUGUAGAGCUGUAGGGAACUUCCUAAUAAUCAGGGGACCUGAAGACCCUGUCUUUUGUCAAAGAGGAAACAAAACGAUCUGGGCUCUGUAGAGGCUGGACUAAAGGGCUGAAGGAAUAUGGAAGAAAAAAAGGAGAAACGGAAUAAAGGUAGAGGAAUGUUUUCAGUGUGACUGUUUUUCCCAAACCACCAUUUUCCAUCCAUCACAUCCGGCGAAACUCACCACCUUCCCAGCACAGAGGGCGGACCUGGCUGGAAGUGUGUGUGUGUGACAGUAAGAAAGGGAGGAAGAGUGUCUGUGACACCUGUCGUCACUCAUUAUGCUGUUGAUCCAUCUCCAUAGCACUCACACACACAGGUGCAGUUCCUAGCGAGCGCAGCAGAGACACCUGAGGAUUUCCUGACACACACACAUACCUCCUGUCUCAUCUUCUCCAUUGAAAUUACGAUGUCAGGUUUAAACCGAGCGAUCGCUGCCUUCUGACAGUGUGGAUACCUUCUGUCCAAACUGGCACACUAGAGUUGAGCACAUUCUUAUCAUUAUACUUUCCUGAUUUCAAAUGGAUUCAACCUCUUUGAUCAACAGGUAAUAAUGUGGACCUGAGAAAAGGAUUGAAUGUGAGAAAUCGUGCUUAGGGUAAUUGCCCUCCGGUUUGGAAUACUUGGAACAGAGCGAAAGUCAUAGAGCUCUCUAUUGUUCGGGGGAGUUUUGCCAAGUUAUUGUUGCUCUCCGUUUCCGUCCGUCAUUAGCUACGACUACUUCAAGAAUUAACAGAGGUGAAGUCUGUACCCAUGGAUAGCCUCCUCUGACUUAAUCCCACAUGUAGUUUAACACUGACAGACAUUAUGAGGGUUGACUUUGAGCUCUGAGCAUGUGGAGACUCUUAAAGACCAGACCUAUCCCUCUCUGCUCCUCUCUCACCACGUAACAGACUUGUAAGAGUUAGUGUGUCAUUGUAAGGCACGUGCUGGAGGUGUAUGGCGACUGACAUAAUGAACCUGCAUGGGAACGUAUCGGAGUUGAUCUCUUCUGCCGUCAGAGCCAUAACGCUUCCGUCCUUUGACCCCGACCCUGACCCUUGGCCUAAUGGUCCAGAGGGACUUCUGGGAAAUGAAAGCAGGAAUUUUUCAAAUGGGUGUAACGGGAAUGAUGGCGGCAAUGUGCAUGACUUUCCGCCAGGCAACUGGACGCAUAGCGGCAGGGUUUACAGUGAUGAAGCAAGGAUUCUGGAAUCAUCGCAGUGUGUGAAGGGGAUAACAGCAGUGGACAAGAACUGGGCUGCUUUGCUGAUCCUGGCGGUCAUUGCCGUUACAGUGACGGGUAACAUCCUGGUCAUCAUCGCAGUGUCUCUGGAGAAGAAGCUCCAGAACGCCACCAACUACUUCUUGAUGUCGCUGGCUGUCGCCGACAUGCUGCUGGGCAUCCUGGUCAUGCCCAUCUCCAUGGUGACAAUUCUCUAUGGAUCCUGA